AUGAAGAUGACAAGCCAGAAAUGGGGAAGCAAAGAGGACAAGAAGCUGCUGAAGCCCUUGAUGGAGAAGCGGCGGAGGGACCGGAUGAACCAAAGCUUGGACCGCCUCCGUGUCUUGCUCUUCGAGGCCACGCAGGACGAGAGACUUAAAAACCCCAAAGUUGAAAAAGCAGAAAUUUUACAAAAAACAGUCCAGCUUUUGAAGACGCAGCCUUUAUCAGAGACUAAGCACAACGGGGAUGCCCUUUUGCAAAGGUACCACAGUGGCUACCGGGAGUGUCUCACCCAGGCUACCCACUUCCUCCGAGCCAGUCCUGGCAUUUGCACGGGCAAAAAGGCCUACCUGAUGGAGCACAUCUGCCACUGCAUGGAAAAGAUCACUGCUGGCCCGCGGAGAGAGAUGCACCAGCCUCCACCUGCAGCUGCCAACCCCAGCUAUGAGCGGUACAGUCCAGAUGUGUUUGCUGGGUGCAGCCCGCCACUUGGGGGUGCUGCCUAUGUCCUGCACCCACCCCCAGCCAGUUACUCUGCCAGCCAAGGACUCCAAGCCCGGGGUGCUGGUCCAGCCCAGCAAGACGGCUGCAGCCGAGCGCAGCAGAACAAACUCUCGGAAACACGAAACUCCGCAGCACAAUCUCCACAAGCGCUGAAUGUGUGGAGACCUUGGCCUUGA